GAAUAAAGGUUAUCUAAAAUUUCUAAGAUUUUAAUAAUAUUAAACAAUGGGGUUGCAAAGUUAUAUUAAAAAAUCCUAUAAAUAUGCUUCACCUAUAGCACUAGAUAAUAUCUUAGAAAACCAAAAAAUGGACGAUUUUAGAAAAACCAUUCUUUCUAUAGAAAAGAUUUCAAACUUUUCAUGUAUUUCAAUCAUGAAGCAAAAUCUUAAAAAAAAUCCAGGAAUACAUAAUAUUAAUAUAUCUUCUGCUAAAAAAAUAAUAAUCGAACAUAAAAUCUCUGUCAUAGGCAUUAAUGAUCUUAUAGAUGAGUUGAGAGACUUAGGCAUUGAAACAUCUUUUAUUGAUAGUGAAGCGAUUCUCUAUAAGACAGAUUUUGAUAAUGAUGAUAUCAUAAAAGAUACCACAGUAAGAUUGAAAAUAAAUGGAAUAACGUGUUAUAACUGCGUGAACUCUAUAAAAACUGCUUUAAAAUCUAUAAAUGGUAUUAAUAAUAUUUGCAUUAACCCUGCAACAAAGGGGGCAAAAAUCAACUAUUGUCCUAGGAUUUUAAGUGUUCAAUCACUAAUUAAUGCUAUAAAAAAGGCAGGAUAUGAUGCAGAUAUAUUAGAUUUCUGUAGUACAGAAGAAAAAUUAGAAAAUCUUAACAAAACUAAAGAUAUAGAAAUGUGGAAAAAAUCAUUUAUAAAGUGUCUUAUUUUUGCUAUUCCAUUACUUUUUUUUCAAAAAGUCGCACCAUAUUUCAAGGAUUAUAAUAAAUUAGAAACAAAGAUGUUAUUUUUUCCAGGUCUUUUUUUUGGCGAUGUUUUAUCUUUAAUCUUAACAAUUCCUAUUCAAUUCAGCAUCGGUAUAUAUUUCUAUAAAUCAGCAUUCAACUCUUUGUGUAACAGGAACAUAACAAUGGAUACCUUAAUAUGUAUAGGAACAUCUACAGCGUUUUUUUUUUCUAUUUUUUCUAUAUUAUUCUCUAUUUCAACAUAUCCUCAUAAGAGACCAUCAGUUUUUUUUGAUACUUCUGCAAUACUUAUUACAUUUAUUACUCUUGGAAGAUAUAUUGAAAAUAAAGUUAAGAGUCAUACAUCAGAAGCAUUAUCCAAAUUAAUAUCAUUGAAUCCAUCAUCUACAACAAUUUAUAUAAACGAAAAUAGUCCAUUGGAUAAAAAGGAAAUAACCAUCCCUACUAAAUUAUUAAAUAUUAAUGAUACUGUGAUUGUUUAUCCAGGAGACAAAAUACCCGCAGAUGGAGUUAUUACUUCUGGAGAAUCUUAUAUAGACGAAAGCAUGAUAACAGGAGAAUCUACACCAGUUUAUAAACAGAAAGGAAGCAUUGUUUAUUCUGGGACAGCGAACUGUGCAAAACGAAUUGAAUUCCAAGUAACAAAAACAGAUAAAAAUACUAGACUAUCUCAAAUUAUAUCUCUUAUACAAGAUGCACAGACAUCUCAGGCCUCCAUACAAGAGCUUGCUGAUAAAGUAUCAUCUUUUUUUGUGCCAUUAGUACUUUUUUUAGGAAUUAUGACAUUUAUUGUAUGGAUGAUACUUACUCAUACAAUAUCUCGUCUUCCACAAAUUUUCAAUUCUGAAGAACAGGGUGGAAAAAUGAUAACGUCGGCCAAACUUGCAAUAUCCGUUAUUAUUAUAGCGUGCCCAUGUGCAGUUGGUCUUAGCACACCAACUGCAAUUAUGGUUGGUACAGGCAUUGGUGCAAAAAAUGGAAUUCUUUUUAAAAGUGGAAUUGUUUUAGAAACAGUAUCAAAAAUUACAAAAGUAGUUUUUGAUAAAACUGGUACUUUAACUCUUGGAUAUAUGAGUGUAAACGAAGUUAAAAUAUCCAAUGCUUGGAAAGAUUUAGAAAUAUUAUGGUGGAAACUACUAUAUAUUUCCGAAGAAGAAUCAGAACAUCCAAUUGGAAAAGCAAUUAGAUUAAAGGCUAAAGAAGAGCUUAGUUUAGCAGGAGAAGAACUUAUAGAUUAUUCAGUGACAUCUGAGACUGUUGCAGGAUAUGGAAUUAAAUGUAGUAUACUUUUACCUAAUUAUACAGAAGAAAGUACAGAGCUAGCAAUUGGAAACGAAAUACAUAUUCGAAAAAUACUUGGAGACCAGUCUGAAGAAUUUCUAAAUGAAACACAAAAUAAUUUAAAUAAAGAAUAUACACACGUUUAUAUAGCUAUCAAUAAUAAAUUUGCUGGAUGGAUUUCUUUAGCUGAUAUUCUUAGAGCUAAUGCAGCGAAAACUAUAAAUGCUCUUAGACAUAUGAAAAUUGAUGUUUUGAUGGCAACAGGUGAUCGUACAGACAUAGCAUUAAAUGUUGGAAGAAGCUUAAAUAUACCAGAUGAUAAAAUUUAUUCAUCUGUUACUCCAGAGGAAAAGCAUAAUUUAAUUAUAUAUCUCCAGUCUCAAAAUGAAACAGUAGCAAUGGUAGGAGAUGGUAUAAAUGAUUCAGCUGCAUUAACAGUAGCAAACAUUGGAAUAGCUUUAUCUGCAGGAAGUGAUAUAGCUAUACAGGCAGCUGAUGUUAUUUUAACACAUCCUGAUCCAAUUCUUGAUGUUCCAGCAGCAAUACAUCUUUCUCGUGCAAUAUUUAACAGAAUUAGAUUGAAUAUGCUCUGGGCGUGUAUAUAUAAUAUCAUAAGUAUUCCUUUUGCAAUGGGAUUUUUUCUACCAUUUGGUAUUUAUUUACAUCCUAUAAUUUCAAGUGCUGCUAUGGCAUUCUCAAGUAUUAGUGUCGUUUUAAGUAGUCUACUUUUAAAAUUUUGGCGUCGCCCAUCUUGGAUAACUAACAUUGAUAUAAAUGAAAACGACGUACAUAAAUCCAAAUUAUUCAUAUCAAAACUAAAAAAUUACAAUAUUUUUUAUAAAUUAAAAAAAUAUAAACUUAUUGAUAAUUUAGGGGUUUGAUUUUUUUUUUUUUUGAAUACCAAGUUAUUUCAUUUUAAUAUCAA